GGAGUCGAGCAGUGGGACAAGAUGGCCAUGUGAUGGGCAGGCUGGGCAGGGUUCAGGACUAGAGGGGGUUGCUUUGAGCCUGCUCCAGCCACCACUCUGAGCCCUCCAGACCAGGGGGCUCUGACAGGGUGAGCCCAAAACCAUACACAGGACCACAGCCCACAGCCCCCUCCUUGUCACAUGAGGCAUGAUGUUGGAGAGGGGCUGGCCCCAGGGCAGGGUGUUUUCACACCACUGGCCUCUGCAAGAUGUGAGAGCUUUGGGAGCGCCCUGGGGGACUUCGUGAUCAGUGGAUGUGGUGUGGAGGGCCCAGGCUGGCUUAGCACGCUUGGGUCAUGCCUGGGGCAGACCUUCACCCAGUGCUCAGGGCCCAUCUCCCCAGAAAAAGCCCCAGACACCUCCCUCCAGUCAACAGCUCUGCCCACAGGUGGGGGCAGGGCGGAGGUGGGCAUCUGGGGUCCUGUGUCAGCCCUGGGAAGCGGACAAGCACCCAGACCAGUGUUGCUUUCUGAGCGCUGGGUGGAUGGAGGCAUCCGGAUACGAUGUUACCUAUUUGCACAACAGGGACAGCGGGGAAAGGAAGCUAGGGAGCCUGGGAGGCUCUCCGUCCUCCUGAAGGCGCGUGUCCCAGGCGUCCUGGUGCAGGAAGAGCCCAGGACGGAAUGCAACUGCUCCUCUCCUGCCCUGCCCGCCUGGAGCUGGUCUUGAGGACUGGAAGUCUGGCUAGUUAACUAGCCAAUCUCCCCAGAAGGCGAACCUACAGGCUCUAGAGUUGGAGGCCACCACAGCGAACCUCAGGGACACGGCCUUCCCUGGAAGCGCACGGGCCAGAGACCCAGGAUCCAAGAGCUAGUCUUUGGCCGCUGGCGGGAGAGGAGAGGGCUCCUGGGACCAGCCUCUGUCUGGGACGCACAACCUGUCCUCCUGGCCAUGGGCGGCGCCGUGGUUGACGAGGGUCCCACCGGCAUCAAGGCCCCUGAUGGGGGCUGGGGCUGGGCCGUCCUCUUCGGCUGCUUCGUCAUCACGGGCUUCUCCUACGCCUUCCCCAAGGCGGUCAGCGUCUUCUUCAAGGAGCUCAUGCGUGAGUUUGGGAUCGGCUACAGUGACACGGCCUGGAUCUCCUCCAUCCUGCUGGCCAUGCUGUACGGGACAGGCCCACUCUGCAGCGUGUGUGUGAACCGCUUUGGCUGCCGGCCCGUCAUGCUCGCGGGUGGCCUCCUGGCAUCCCUGGGCAUGGUGGCUGCGUCUUUCUGCGGAAGCAUCAUCCAGCUCUACCUCACUACCGGGGUCAUCACCGGUGAGCGGGGCCCAGCGGGGAGCGGGGCAGGCCACGGCACGCUCACUCCUCGGUGGCCAGGCUUGGGCUUGGCACUCAACUUCCAGCCCUCCCUCAUCAUGCUCAACCGCUAUUUCAACAAGAGGCGCCCCAUGGCCAACGGGCUGGCGGCCGCGGGCAGCCCCGUGUUCCUGUGCGCCCUGUCCCCACUGGGGCAGCUGCUGCAGGACCACUACGGCUGGCGGGGCGGCUUCCUCAUCUUGGGGGGCCUCCUGCUCAACUGCUGCGUGUGCGCCGCGCUCAUGAGGCCCCUGGAGGCAUCCCGGCCGGGUUCGGAGCCCGGGCCCCAGCGGCCAGCCAGGCGGCUGCUGGACCUGAGCGUCUUCCGGGACCGUGGCUUUGUCAUCUACGCCGUGGCCGCCUCCGUCAUGGUGCUGGGGCUCUUUGUGCCCCCCGUGUUCGUGGUGAGCUACGCCAAGGACCUGGGUGUGCCCGACACCCAGGCUGCCUUCCUGCUCACCGUCCUGGGCUUCAUCGAUAUCUUCGCCCGGCCCGCCGCGGGCUUCAUCACGGGGCUUAAGAAGGUGCGGCCGUACUCCGUCUACCUCUUCAGCUUCUCUAUGUUCUUCAACGGCUUCACGGACCUCACGGGGUCCACGGCCAGCGACUACGGUGGCCUGGUGGUCUUCUGCAUCUUCUUCGGCAUCUCCUACGGCAUGGUGGGGGCCCUGCAGUUCGAGGUGCUCAUGGCGAUUGUGGGCACCCAGAAGUUCUCCAGUGCCAUUGGCCUCGUGCUGCUGCUGGAGGCCAUUGCCGUGCUCAUUGGGCCCCCGUCGGGCGGCAAGCUCCUGGACGCGACGCACGUCUACCAGUACGUGUUUCUCCUGGCAGGGGCCGAGGUGCUGGCCUCCUCCCUCGUGCUGGUGCUGGGCAACUUCUUCUGCAUUAAGAAGAGGCCCGAGGCGGCUGUGGAGGAGGGGGAGCGCCACAAGCCCCCCGCGGACGUGAGGGUGGACUCUCGGGAGGUGGAACACUUCCUGAAAGCAGAGCCUGAGAAAAACGGGGAGGUGGUUCACACCCCAGAAACGAGCGUCUGAGCCGAGGAGGCCAGCAGGGGUGAGGGAACCGGACAGAGACUUCAAGGCUCGUGUUUAUUUCACAAACAGGACCGGCUUGGGUGGGGCCGUCCGUGUGUCUCGGGGGGCUGGUGAGGUGGGGACCGUGUCAUUCCAAAGCAGGUCUGUGGUAGAGCCAAGCCUCGAGGUUACAAGCCGUCUGCACCGGCACACAGCCUGCUGACCCCAGAGCAGCCUGGUGUCCACCGCUGUGCUCAGGGACCUAGAAACCCAUGCUUCAGAGACAACACGACUGGGGUCAGGGGCGGAGCGGCACUGUCUUGGGAGAGACCCCCCCUCACCCCGUGUGGCUGGCUGUACCCCGUCCCGCCCCACCUCCACCACGGCGCUCUAGCCCACCCCUCGCCGAGUGUUGGGGGACAAACCUCCCUUCCUCCGCUUCUGAAGGUCUGAAAUAAAUCCGCGUAUGGGAGGAGCCACCUUGGCAGGAAUGUCUUCAAAGAGCCGGGGUCUCAUUCUACGAGGGGCAGGGGUCUGACCGUUGGCUCCGAACUCACUUUUUCAACAGACAACCUGGUCGUUUUUACAAAGUGGCUCUGGCCCUUGUCAGCUGGGUCGGCUUUCCAAGCGCUGCUGGCUCUGGACCCCGUGUCGCCGGAGCCCAGAUGGCUCAGAGCAUCCACCCAGGGGCCCCGUGGCUGGAAGGGGUCUGGCCGCACCCAGGAGCCCCUUUGAGGCGUGGGCACUUCAGCUGAGACAUACGUGUGAUUCGUGUUCACUAUGUGUGUGUUUAAAGAAAAUGAUCUUCCUGCCUUCCA